AUGAACAACACCAACAUGGUGUACGGGGUGUGUAACGCCGAGUCAGGCUAUCAUAGUCAGGCAUACUCUUCCGAAUUACAACACUACUAUGCGCAGUGUCAGUCCCACGAGGUUGUACAGGGCCAGACCUAUAUCCCGCCCGCCCUCACGCCCACGGACCACCACCGCCCGCAGCACACGAACCUGCAGGACGCCCACGUGCCCUCGUCGUAUACCAACUUGGACGAUUACAGCAGCGUAGGAUACCCCGGGCACGCAGCAGGAGGCAUGAGCGCCGCACAGCACCACGUCACGCAGGGCUACGACUACACGAGCGCGGUGCAGGCGGCGGCCGUGGCGGGGGGCGUCGGCGGACAGACGGGCGUUAUGUCGCCAGCAAGUGCGGGCUACCCGGGCUACUUGGACCCCGCCGCCCAGUACCGACACAUGAGCAUGGGGCUCUACGCCCAUCACGAGGGCGUGCGAGAGGCGUGCGGCGUGGGCGGCAUGAUGGGCGGGUCGCCACACGGCCUGCCACACCACCAGCCGCAGCAGACGGUCCCUACGUACAAGUGGAUGCAAGUGAAGAGGAACGUCCCAAAGCCAGCGCCCAAGACGGACUACGGCGGCUUCGGCGGCGGGACGGGCCGCACCAACUUCACCACGAAGCAGCUGACGGAGCUCGAGAAGGAAUUCCACUUCAACAAGUACCUGACGCGCGCGCGGCGCAUCGAGAUCGCGUCGGCGCUUCAGCUCAACGAGACGCAGGUCAAGAUCUGGUUCCAGAACCGCCGCAUGAAGCAGAAGAAGCGCAUGAAGGAGGGCCUCAUCCCCCCCGACCCCCCCACCGUGUCCACCCCGAGCGAGAACAGCAACGAUUCCGACUCGACGACCAACAACAGCGGCGGCGCGGGCGGCGGCUCGGGCGGCACCGGCAGCACCACCUCCGGCGGCGGCGGCGGCGUCACCACCAAGCCCGAGUCGCCGGGUUCCGUCGGCAGCGGCACCAGCGCUUCCCAGCCCCUGCAAGUGCCCACGAGCGCCAGCAAGCCCAAGACGCAGGCGCUGCCCGCCACCACCCAGAGCCCCUCGUAA